AUGUGCAUCGCCGCCUGGGUCUGGGAAGCUCACCCACUCUAUCGGCUCCUUCUCGUGUUCAACAGGGACGAGCUCCACGACAGGUCCUUGAUCCGGUUAACUCCUUGGAACUUUUUAAAUUCAUCUCCGUCGCAGGAUAAAGCUGCUCGCUAUUUUCUCGAGAUGAUUUCGUCCACUGUUUCUUCUUCCUAGGCCGACGGAGCCUGUGGAAUGGUGGGGGGACGGGGGACGGAAGAUCCUGGGAGGAAGGGAUGGCCUCGCAGGCGGCACGUGGCUGGGAUGCACCCGGAAUGGGAGGAUCGCCUUCCUCACCAACGUCAGGGAGACUUGCUCCCUCCCGGUUCCAAAGUCCAGAGGGGAUAUUCCUGUCAAGUUCCUGGAGGUUUCAUUCUCUCUCUCUCUUUCUCUCUCUCCGUACGGGCAUCGCGCAGGUGAAGAGAAUUGCUCAGGGAUGGGCUCUCGAUUCUGGUCGCAGGGUGAGAUGAGUCCUAUCGAAUUUGCAGAGGAAGUGGUGGAGCAAGGAGAUCUGUACAAUGGGUUCAAUCUGGUGCUAGCCGAUCUUCGCUCUAAGAGCAUGGUUUUCGCCACCAACCGGGGCCCCGUCGCCAUCGAGCUCGUCUCCCCGGGCCUUCAUUUCCUCUCCAACGGCAGCCUUGACUCCCCAUGGCCCAAAGUAGGUUGAGGGGGAGGGAUGUUCAAAACUUUCAUCAGGAACUAUUUCUUAUUUGUGGUUAAAAAUUGCUGUGAUUCUCUCUUCAGGGGAAAAAAAUAUGGCCACUAAUAAUCUACCCACGAACUGGCGGAUGAAAAAUCCAAAAACGAUUCUUAUUUUUAUGGUUUUUAUAUGAUAAUUUCAUGUAUAGUUGCCUGAGCCCAAAAUAACCGAUGAAAUUUUGACGAAAAUUUGCACACAAUAUUUUUAUAAUAUUCCUAGUUAUUAUUGUAGAAACUACUCGCCAUUCAGUUCUCUAUCUUGGGUUUUAUUUAUUCAGAAUGCAAGGAAUAGAGCCCACCCAUGUGUCUAAAGUAGAUUUCAACAAAACCCUAUUUUUCGAAUCAUUAUAUGUUUUUUUUUUUUUUCAUGCACUGGUGUUAUAGUGUCAACGACUAGGCAAAGGGCUUGAAGAACUAUUGGACAAACAUUGCGCCAAAGAGGUUCCAACAAACCAAGUUGUCGAACAAUUGAUGAGGGAUACCACUAAAGCCAACAGAGGGCAACUCCCUGACACUGGCUAUGGUUCGGAUGUUGAAUUUGAAGUCAGCUCAAUCUUCGUUGAUGCUGAAUUAGACAUGGUUAGUGGGCUCCAUGAUCUCUCCACUUCCAUAACCAUCCCCUAUCUAUGUGUCCCAUUGGAUGCAACCUUUUUCAUCUGUCUUAUCUCUCGAGGUUGCAGGGGCAUUAUCGGACAAGGAGUAUAUAUGUUGUUGCCGUGAGAGGAAAUAUGAGUGUGAGCAUCUUUGAGGAGUUUUUGGAUGGAGAAUCUUGGAAGCAAAUGCAGGUGGAGUAUCAGAUUGAGGAGAGUGAGAAAUAA